AUGGUGAAGAAGAAGAACCCCACCGCCGCCGCCAGUUCUGUGAGCGGCGGUGCUGCCGCCAAGGCUUCUUCAAAUCCACCGAAGAAAAGCACUCCAGACGCUCCUCCUCCAGCUCCGGCGCCGCCAGCGCCGUCAAGUUCCACGGCUGGGUCCAACCCCGGUGAUUGGCUGGCGUCCUCCGUCACGAAGCGUGACGAAAAGAGGGCUCGAAGCCUUGGUCUAAUCUCUUCCGACAAGGGGAAUGUAAUUCUCCCAGCUGUGGAGGAUGCCAGAGCUUCACCUGUGAAGAGACCAUCAGGCGGUUUUGCCGACGAAGAUGAUCUUUUCGAUCUUGACGAAGGUUUCAUCAAGCCUCCAUCUAAGAAGGCCAAAUCUAGCGCCGCUCUGCCGAAUCUUGCAGCUUCCGAGGCUUCGGCCCCUGCUGCAGUCCCCGCGGCCCAGAUAUCGACUGCUUCCUCCCUUUCCAAGGGGAAAGGUAUUCCUUCGACUGCUGCUGCCGCAACUCCUCCUUCAGGGAAACCUGUUUUCCCUGUGCCUUCAUUUGUUGAUGAUUCUUUGGGUGCUGUCUCUGAGAGUGAUCGACUCCAGCGGAUGAAGAAUCGGAUCACACAGAUGGAAAAGGAUAUGUGCAGCACUUACGCCUUGGCUGCUAUCAUCAAAAAGAAGAGCGAGCUUGCAGCUGACUCAUAG